ACUAAAAUUGUGAAAAAACUCUCUCUUUUAUAGAUUAAGAAUCUUGCUUUUCAGUUUUUCAGUAUAAAGAAUUGAAGAGAGUGUCGGAGGAAGGAGACCUUGAGUUAUCAAUUUGUGAUUGUUGUUGUAAUGGCUUUGUCAAUGGAGUCUGGAUUUUCAAUUGGGUCGUGCUUCAAGGCACCAAACCCUCCUGUUCUAAUCUCUGCAAGCCCUAAGAAGAUCAAUUUCACGUCGAGAAGGAGAAGUAAAAGAUUCUUAUUUAGAGUCUCUGCUGUUUCCUAUAAGGAAUUCGCAGAGUCUGCUUUAGAAGAAACCAGGAAAAGGAUCGUUCUUGAACCUUCACAUCUCCAGGAAAAGUAUAGUAGCAUGACAGGAUUGGAUGGGAGGACGGAACUUCGAAUGCUUGCUUUUAAAUCUUCAAAGAUUAGACUCUUGAGGAGCAUGGCCAUAGAGAAUGAGACAAUGCAGGUCUUUGACUUUGCAGGUUUCAUGGAGCCUGAGUAUGAUACUCCCAUAUUCUGUGCUAACUUUUUCACAUCUGCCAACGUGAACAUAGUUGUAUUGGACCUUAAUCCUUUGCAUCAGUUGACUGACCAGACGGAUUACCAAGACAAGUAUUAUAACAAGAUCAUGUCCAUAUAUCACAAAUAUGCUGAGACUUUCCCAUGGGGAGGGAAAUUGACUGGUGAAUCCAUAAAGUUUUUUUCGCCUUUGGUGAUGUGGACCAGGUUUUCGUCUAGCCAAGAAAAACAUAAGGCUUUGUUCUCUGCGUUUCUGGAGUACUAUCAGGCAUGGCUUGAGAUGACAAUCCAAGUUAGGGAGGAGAUGGAACCAUCUCAGGUGAGAGCCAAUUGUGAAGCACAACACAAGUACCUGACAUGGCGAGCACAAAAGGAUCCUGGACAUGGUCUUCUUAAAAGAUUAGUUGGUGAAGAAAAGGCAAAGGAGCUGCUAAGGGAUUUCCUGUUCAAUGGGGUGGAUGAGUUAGGCACAAAAACAUUCAUUGAUUACUUUCCAGAGUACCAAACAGAAGAUGGAACUGUAAACGAUAAACGAAGUAUCAUUGGGAAGUCAUAUGAAACUCGGCCAUGGGAUUUAACAGGACAAUUUAUCGGCUAACAAUGAAUAUAUGUGAACAAGUUCGAUUUCAGAGUCAUCAACACAAGAGGAAGUGAACUAAGGGAAGUAGGAAUAAAAAAGAGCAGCAUGAUGAGGAGUCUCUCAGGUCUAUCUCCAUCUCAAGAUGAUUGUUUGACUUACCAAACGUUUUAUCUUCUGAUAUGCAAUAUGCAUUGUAGUUUAACAAGUAUUACAAGUGUAACUCUCAGCCCUUCACUAGCUCUCUAGUCAGUUGCUAAUCUUGUAAAAGGAAAAGAAAAUUGGCUCUCUCUCAAGCUUUAUGCUCUUACAAA